AUGAACCAGAACGGGGCUUACAAAAUGACACUUCUGAAAGAGUUACAGACACCCAGCCCCAACUUUUACCUUCUUCUCAUUGCUAAACAGAGGCAUGACGAGGAGGCACUGAUUGACCAGGGGAGAAGGAGCAACGGUGCCAAGAUUCACUAUGAGAAGGAGGAGUUGGAAGGCCACCGGACCCUGUACGCCGGCGUGCAGAUGCCGCUGGUGGGGCAAUGCCACCGGCAUCACCGACCCCACAAGCAGAAGCAUCGGGAACAGGAGGAGGACUGUCGUGGUAACGGGACGGGUCUCUGUGUUCUGCCCCCAGGCACCCCGUCCCAGCGGGUGCAGUUCAUCCUCAGGACCAAGGAGGACGAGCAGCAUGUCCCUCACGCCUUGUUCACCGAGCUGGAUGAGAUCUGCGUGAAAGAGGGCGAAGAUGCCGAGUGGAAGGAAACGGCAAGGUGGCUGAAGUUUGAGGAGGAUGUGGAAGACGGCGGCGAGCGCUGGAGCAAGCCCUAUGUGGCCACGCUGUCCUUGCACAGCCUCUUUGAGCUGAGGAGCUGCAUCAUCAAUGGCACGGUGCUGCUGGACAUUAGUGCCAACAGCAUCGAAGAGAUCGCAGAUCUGAUCCUGGGCCAGCAAGAACAGCUCACGGAGUUUGACGAGCGCACGCGGGCAAAAAUUGGAGAAGUUCUUUUGAAGAAGCACCACCAUCAGAACGAGAAGAAAAGAAACAACCUUCUCCGCUCGUUUGCUGAUGUGAGCAAGAAGGGGUCGGACCUGCACCUCCUCGACAAGCCAGCUCAAACACUUACCCCUCAUCCUUCUCCCACCACUGUGGAAGCUAAAAAUGGGGUGAACCAUGAGACCAGCACAACGGAUUUAAGCAAGGCGGAGCUGCACUUCAUGAAGAAAAUUCCCAGCGGGGCUGAAGCGUCCAACGUGCUCGUAGGAGAGCUGGAUUUCCUUCGCCAGCCCAUCGUGGCAUUUGUCCGCCUGACCCCGGCUGUCCUCCUCUCGGGCAUGACGGAAGUUCCCAUCCCAACAAGGUUCCUGUUUGUUUUGCUUGGACCAGAAGGAAAAGCCCAUCAGUACCAUGAGAUCGGCAGGUCCAUGGCUACUAUCAUGACGGAUGAGGUUUUCCAUGACGUCGCCUAUAAAGCCAAGAACCGGGCUGACCUCGUGGCCGGCAUCGAUGAGUUUCUGGAUCAGGUCACGGUCUUGCCGCCUGGAGAGUGGGAUCCAUCGAUCCGAAUCGAGCCCCCGAAAAACGUCCCUUCGCAGGAAAAAAGGAAGAUGCCAGGAGCUCUCGAUGACAGUGCUUCUGACAGUGAGCCAGAGAAGCACAGCGGUCCUGAACUGGAGCGGACGGGAAGGCUCUUUGGAGGUUUGAUCCUGGAUGUGAAGCGAAAAGCCCCGUGGUUCUGGAGCGACUUUCGGGAUGGUCUGAGGCUGCAGUGUCUGGCGUCCUUCCUCUUCCUCUACUGUGCCUGCAUGUCCCCUGUCAUCACCUUCGGGGGACUGCUGGGGGAGGCGACCGAUGGCCACAUAAGUGCCAUGGAGUCGCUGCUGGGCGCCUCCAUGACCGGCGUGGUGUUUUCCCUCUUUGCUGGCCAACCUCUCACCAUCCUCGGCAGCACCGGACCCGUGCUCGUCUUUGAGAAGAUCCUCUACAAAUUCUGCAAGGAGUACACGCUCUCCUAUCUCUCUCUGCGGGCAUGCAUCGGGCUGUGGACCGCCUUCUUCUGCAUCGUGCUGGUGGCCACCGACGCCAGCUCUUUGGUGUGCUACAUCACCCGCUUCACCGAAGAAGCCUUCGCCUCCCUCAUCUGCCUCAUCUUCAUCUACGAGGCUCUAGAGAAGCUGAGUCACCUGCGGGAGACCUACCCUGUGCACAUGCACAGCCAGCUCGACUUCCUCACCAUCGACUACUGUAAGUGUGAGGCACCGACGCAUCCCAGCAAUGAAACCCUGCGUUUCUGGGAGAGCAACAAGAUCAACGUGUCUGGCAUCGCCUGGGAAAACCUCACGGUGACCGAAUGUCGGUAUUUGCAUGGAGAGUUUCAAGGACCUGCCUGUGGACCCAAUGGCCCCUACACGCCUGACGUCCUCUUCUGGUGCUGCAUCCUCUUCUUCUCCACCUUUGUGCUGUCGAGCUUACUGAAGAAGUUUAAGACCAGCCGAUACUUCCCAACCAGAGUACGGUCCACAGUAAGCGACUUUGCUGUUUUCCUCACCAUCGUCGUCAUGGUGCUCAUGGACUUCAUGAUUGGGAUCCCAUCACCGAAGCUCCACGUCCCCCAUAUGUUCAAGUUUAUACCAAUGCCUGUGCUUUACGGCGUCUUUCUCUACAUGGGCGUGUCGUCGCUCGGAGAAAUUCAGUUCUUCGAUCGCUUGAAGCUGUUUUGGAUGCCGGCGAAACACCAGCCGGAUUUCAUCUACCUGCGGCACGUCCCCUUGCGAAAGGUGCACUUCUUCACCGUGAUCCAGCUGAUCUGCCUCGUCCUGCUCUGGGCCAUCAAGGUGUCCCGUGCCGCCAUCGUCUUUCCCAUGAUGGUUUUGGCUCUUGUAUUUGUCCGGAAAGCCAUGGAUUUCUGCUUCUCAAAGCGAGAGCUCAGCUUCCUGGAUGACCUUAUGCCAGAGAGCAAGAAGAAGAAGUUGGACGGUGCCAAAAACGAAGCCAAUGAAGAAGAGUAUUGCAGGACUGAUCCUUGCGAGAUUAAUAUCUCGGAGGAAGUGUUGAAAACGAGCGUGUGGAAGGCUCUCACUAUGAACACAGAAACAGUCUGA